GGCGCCCAGGUCAGGCAUCCCAGAACGCUUUCCCCCGUCCACGGGGCUUCCAUCACCCCCGAAUCCCCACCGCCUGUCUGGGUCCCAGCACAGGCUCCAGCGGGGAGUGGACACUGGGUCCUGCCCCAGGCAGGGAGAGAAUGGACUCGAGGCCGCGGGCUCUGUAGAGGAGGCAGCGGCACCAUGAAUGGCGAUGGGCUGAGCUGGGUGCGUGGGAACGGCCUGAAUGGGGAUGGGGAGUUUUACUACGAGGCUGGGGAGCAGUCCCAGAACCCCGGGGGCCUCCUGCUCUCACCGGCCGCCUUCAUCAACCCCGCUCAGUACGCCAGCGUGCUGGAAGGACGCUUCAAGCAGCUUCAAGAUGAGCGUGAAGCCGUGCAGAAGAAAACCUUCACCAAAUGGGUGAACUCGCACCUGGCCCGGGUGACCUGCCGGGUGGGAGACCUGUACAGCGACCUCCGGGAUGGACACAAUCUUCUCAGGCUCCUCGAGGUGCUCUCUGGAGAGACUCUGCCAAAGCCCACCAAGGGACGCAUGCGGAUCCACUGCCUGGAGAAUGUCGACAAAGCACUGCAGUUCCUGAAGGAGCAGAAGGUGCACCUGGAAAACAUGGGCUCCCACGACAUCGUGGACGGAAACCACCGGCUGACCCUUGGGCUGGUCUGGACCAUCAUCCUGAGGUUCCAGAUCCAAGACAUCAGUGUGGAAACAGAAGACAACAAGGAGAAGAAGUCAGCCAAGGACGCCUUGCUGCUGUGGUGCCAGAUGAAGACUGCAGGGUACCCCAACGUCAACGUGCACAACUUCACCACCAGCUGGAGAGACGGACUGGCCUUCAACGCCAUCGUUCAUAAACACCGGCCAGACCUGCUGGAUUUUGAGUCCCUGAAGAAGUGUAAUGCACACUAUAACCUGCAGAAUGCUUUCAAUCUUGCUGAAAAGGAGCUGGGGCUUACCAAACUUCUGGAUCCUGAAGAUGUGAAUGUGGACCAACCGGAUGAGAAAUCGAUCAUUACCUAUGUGGCUACUUACUACCACUACUUCUCCAAAAUGAAGGCUCUGGCUGUGGAAGGCAAAAGAAUUGGCAAGGUGCUGGACCAAGCCGUGGAGGCCGAGCGGCUGGUGGAGAAGUAUGAGUCCCUGGCCUCAGAGCUGCUGCAGUGGAUCGAACAGACCAUCGUCACCCUCAACGACCGGCAGCUGGCCAACUCCCUGAGCGGGGUCCAGAACCAGCUGCAGUCCUUCAACUCCUACCGCACUGUGGAGAAGCCACCCAAGUUCACCGAGAAAGGGAACUUGGAAGUGCUGCUUUUCACCAUCCAGAGCAAGCUGCGUGCCAACAACCAGAAGGUCUACACGCCCCGCGAGGGCCGGCUCAUCUCCGACAUCAAUAAGGCUUGGGAGCGGCUGGAGAAAGCUGAGCACGAGCGCGAGCUGGCCCUGCGCACCGAGCUGAUCCGCCAGGAGAAGCUGGAGCAGCUGGCCGCCCGCUUCGACCGCAAGGCCGCCAUGCGGGAGACCUGGCUCAGUGAAAACCAGCGCCUUGUGUCCCAGGACAACUUUGGGCUGGAGCUGGCCGCGGUCGAGGCAGCGGUGCGGAAACACGAAGCCAUCGAGACGGACAUCGUGGCCUACAGCGGCCGGGUGCAGGCGGUGGACGCUGUGGCCGCGGAGCUGGCCGCCGAGCGCUACCACGACAUCAAACGCAUUGCUGCGCGGCAGCACAACGUGGCACGGCUCUGGGACUUCCUGCGGCAGAUGGUGGCCGCCCGGCGGGAACGGCUGCUCCUCAACCUGGAGCUGCAGAAGGUGUUUCAGGACCUGCUCUACCUCAUGGACUGGAUGGAGGAGAUGAAGGGCCGGCUGCAGUCUCAGGACCUGGGCAAGCACCUGGCGGGGGUGGAGGACCUGCUGCAGCUGCAUGAGCUGGUGGAAGCGGACAUUGGCGUGCAGGCCGAGCGGGUGCGGGCCAUCAGCGCAUCCGCGCUGCGCUUCUGCGACCCGGAGAAAGAGUACAAGCCGUGCGACCCGCAGCUGGUGUCCGAGCGGGUGGCCGCCCUGGAGCGGAGCUACGAGGUGCUGUGCGAGCUGGCGGCGGCGCGGCGGGCCCGGCUGGAGGAGUCCCGGCGCCUGUGGCGUUUCCUUUGGGAGGUGGGCGAGGCUGAGGCCUGGGUGCGGGAGCAGCAGCACCUCCUGGCCUCGGCCGACACGGGCCGGGACCUCACGGGCGUCCUGCGCCUGCUCCACAAGCACGCGGCCCUGCGGGGCGAGAUGAGCGGCCGCCUGGGGCCCCUGAAGCUCACGCUGGAGCAGGGCCGGCAGCUGGAGGCCGAGGGCCACCCCGGGGCGGGGCAGGCAGCCGCCCGCGCGGCCGAGCUCCAGGCGCAGUGGGAGCGGCUGGAGGCGCUGGCGGAGGAGCGGGCCCAGCGGCUCGCCCAGGCCGCCAGCCUCUACCAGUUCCAGGCCGACGCCAACGACAUGGAGGCCUGGCUGGUGGACGCGCUGCGCCUCGUGUCCAGCCCCGAGCUGGGGCACGACGAGUUCUCCACGCAGGCCCUGGCCCGGCAGCACCGGGCCCUGGAGGAGGAGGUCCGAGGCCGCCGGCCCACCCUGGACGCCCUGCAGGAGCAGGCCGCAGCCCUGCCUCCCGCGCUGAGCCUCGCGUCCGAGGUGCGGGGCAGGGUGCCCACCCUGGAGAAGCACUACAAGGAGCUGCAGGAGCGGGCGGGCGAGCGGGCACGGGCGCUGGAGGCAGCCCUGGCGCUCUACACCAUGCUCAGCGAGGCCGGGGCCUGCGGGCUCUGGGUGGAGGAGAAGGAGCAGUGGCUCAACGGGCUGGCCCUGCCCGAGCGCCUGGAGGAUCUGGAGGUCGUGCAGCAAAGGUUCGAGACCCUGGAGCCCGAGAUGAACGCCCUUGCCACGCGGAUUACUGCUGUGAAUGACAUCGCUGCACAGCUGCUGAAGGCUAGUGGCCCGAGCAGGGACAGCAUCGAGGACACCCAGAGGCAACUCAACCACAGGUGGCAGCAGUUUCGGUCCCUGGCAGACGGCAAGAAGGCAGCACUGACGUCGGCCCUGAGCAUCCAGAACUACCACCUAGAGUGCACGGAAACCCAGGCCUGGAUGAGAGAGAAGACCAAGGUCAUCGAGUCCACGCAGGGCCUGGGCAACGACCUGGCCGGGGUGCUGGCGCUGCAGCGUAAGCUGGCCGGCACCGAGCGGGACCUGGAGGCCAUUGCCGCCCGGGUGGCUGAACUGACGCGAGAGGCGAACGCCCUGGCUGCCAGCCACCCGGCCCAAGCCCCCGCCAUCAACGCCCGGCUCGGAGAGGUGCAAGCUGGCUGGGAGGACCUCAGGGCCACCAUGCGGCGUCGCGAGGAGUCUCUGGGUGAGGCGCGGCGGCUCCAGGACUUCCUGCGCAGCUUGGACGACUUCCAGGCCUGGCUGGGCCGCACGCAGACCGCGGUGGCCUCUGAAGAAGGGCCGGCCACGCUGCCCGAGGCAGAGGCCCUCCUGGCCCAGCACGCAGCCCUGCGGGGCGAGGUGGAGCGGGCCCAGGGCGAGUACAGCAGGCUGCGGGCCCUGGGUGAGGAGGUGACCCGGGACCAGGCUGAUCCCCAGUGCCUUUUCCUACGGCAGCGGCUGGAGGCCCUAGGAACUGGCUGGGAGGAGCUGGGCCGCAUGUGGGAGAGCCGGCAAGGCCGCCUGGCCCAAGCCCAUGGCUUCCAGGGGUUCCUGCGGGACGCUCGCCAAGCUGAGAGCGUGCUCAGCAGCCAGGAAUAUGUUCUGUCCCACACGGAGAUGCCGGGAACACUCCAAGCAGCUGAUGCCGCUAUAAAGAAACUGGAAGACUUCAUGAACACCAUGGACGCCAAUGGCGAGCGUAUCCGCGGGCUCCUGGAGGCUGGGCGUCAGCUGGUGUCUGCGGGCAACAUCCAUGCUGAGAAGAUCCAAGAGAAGGCGGACUCCAUCGAGAGGAGACACAGAAAGAAUCAAGAAGCAGUGCAGCAGCUUUUGGGCCGUCUUCGGGAUAAUCGAGAGCAGCAGCAUUUCUUACAAGAUUGUCACGAGCUGAAACUCUGGAUCGACGAGAAGAUGCUGACAGCCCAGGACGUGUCCUACGACGAGGCCCGAAACCUACAUACCAAGUGGCAGAAGCACCAGGCGUUCAUGGCUGAGCUGGCCGCAAACAAGGACUGGUUGGACAAGGUGGACAAGGAAGGGUGGGAGCUGACCCUGGAGAAGCCAGACCUGAAAGCCCUGGUGUCAGGGAAGCUGGAGGACCUGCACAAGCGCUGGGACGAGCUGGAGACCACCACCCAGGCCAAGGCCCGCAGUCUCUUUGAUGCCAACCGAGCCGAGCUGUUUGCCCAGAGCUGCUCGGCCCUGGAGAGCUGGAUGGAGAGCCUACAGGCCCAGCUGCACUCGGAUGACUACGGCAAGGACCUGACCAGUGUCAACAUCCUGCUCAAGAAACAGCAGAUGCUGGAGCGGGAGAUGGCCGUGAGAGAGAAGGAGGUGGAGGCCAUCCAGGCCCAGGCCAAGGCCCUGGCCCAGGAAGACCGGGGUGCAGGGGAGGUGGAGAGGACCUCGAGGGCCGUGGAGGAGAAGUUCCGGGCCCUGUGCCAGCCCAUGAAGGAGCGCUGCCAGCGCCUGCAGGCCUCUCGCGAGCAGCACCAGUUCCACCGGGACGUGGAGGAUGAGAUCCUGUGGGUGACGGAGCGGCUGCCCAUGGCCAGCUCCAUGGAACACGGCAAGGAUCUGCCCAGUGUCCAGCUCCUCAUGAAGAAAAACCAGACCCUCCAGAAGGAGAUCCAGGGCCACGAGCCCCGGAUUGCAGACCUGACGGGGCGGCAGCGGGCUCUGGGCACGGCAGCGGCAGGCCCGGAGCUGGCGGAGCUGCAGGAAAUGUGGAAGCACCUGAGCCAGGAGCUGGAGCUCCGAGGCAGGCGGCUCGAGGGGGCCCUGCGGGCCCAGCAGUUCUACCGCGAUGCUGCCGAGGCCGAGGCCUGGAUGGGCGAGCAGGAGCUGCACAUGAUGGGCCAGGAGAAGGCCAAGGAUGAGCCAAGUGCCCAGGCUGAGGUGAAGCAGCAUCAGGUGCUGGAGCAAGCCCUGGCCGGCUACGCCCAGACCAUCCACCAGCUGGCAGCCAGCAGCCAGGACUUGAUUGACCACGACCACCCGGAGAGCACGCGGCUGUCGAUCCGCCAAGCCCAGGUGGACAAGCUGUACGCCGGCCUGAAGGAGCUGGCCGGGGAGCGGCGGGAGCGCCUGCAGGAGCACCUCCGGCUGUGCCAGCUCCGCCGCGAGCUCGACGACCUGGAGCAGUGGAUCCAGGAGCGCGAGGUGGUGGCGGCCUCCCAUGAGCUCGGCCAGGACUACGAGCACGUGACCAUGCUCCGGGACAAAUUCCGGGAGUUCUCCCGGGACACGAGCACCAUCGGUCAGGAGCGCGUGGACAGUGCCAACAAGCUGGCCAACGGGCUCAUUGCGGGGGGCCACGCCGCCCGGGCCACGGUGGCCGAGUGGAAGGACGGUCUCAACGAGGCCUGGGCUGACCUGCUCGAGCUGCUGGACACGCGGGGCCAGGUGCUGGCCGCAGCGCACGAGCUGCAGCGCUUCCUGCACGGGGCGCGCCAGGCCCUGGCGCGGGUGCAGCACAAGCAGCAGCAGCUGCCGGACGGGACAGGCCGCGACCUCAACACCGCUGAGGCCCUGCAGCGUCGCCACUGUGCCUACGAGCACGACAUCCAGGCCCUCAGCGCCCAGGUCCAGCAGGUUCAGGACGACGGCCGCCGGCUGCAGAAGGCCUACGCCGGGGACAAGGCCGAGGAGAUCGGCCGCAACAUGCAGGCCGUGGCCGAGGCCUGGGCCCAGCUCCAGGGGAGCUCCGCUGCCCGCCGCCAGCUGCUGCUGGACACCACGGACAAGUUCCGCUUCCUCAAGGCCGUGCGGGAGCUGAUGCUGUGGAUGGAUGGGGUCCACCUGCAGAUGGACGCCCAGGAGCGGCCCCGGGACGUGUCCUCAGCGGAUCUGGUCAUCAAAAAUCAUCAGGGCAUCAAGGCCGAGAUCGAGGCCAGGGCGGACCGCUUCUCGUCCUGCAUCACCAUGGGGCAGGAGCUGCUCGCCAGGAGCCACCACGCGGCCGAGGAGAUCUCAGAGAAGCUGUCCCAGCUUCAGGCCCGCCGGCAGGACACAGCCGACAAGUGGCAGGAGAAGAUGGAGUGGCUGCAGCUGGUCCUGGAGGUGCUCGUGUUUGGCAGAGACGCGGGGAUGGCGGAGGCCUGGCUGUGCAGCCAGGAGCCGUUGGUGCGCAGUGCCGAGCUGGGCUGCACGGUGGAUGAAGUCGAGAGCCUCAUCAAGCGGCACGAAGCCUUCCAGAAGUCGGCGGUGGCCUGGGAGGAGCGUUUCAGUGCGCUGGAGAAGCUCACUGCGCUGGAGGAGCAGGAGAAGGAGCGGAAAAGAAAGAGGGAGGAGGAGGAACGGAGAAGACGGCCUCCGGCUCCGGAACCCACAGCCAGUUUGCCCGAAGGGGAGCGGGUGGACGGCCAGGCGGCUCCUGAGGCCACCUGGGACGGAGCCCACCCACGGCUGCCAUCCUCCCCACCACACCCUACCAUUAACGGAGUCUGCACAGAUGCAGAAUCCUUGCAGCCCCUGAUGGAGCAACAGAGACUUGAACAGGGCAGCUUCCCAGAAGGGCCUGGCUCUGGCACAGGGGAUGAGGCCAACGGGCUGCGGGGAGACAGACAGAGCCGGACCCGGGGCCCAGCCCCGCCUGCCAUGCCCCAGAGCAGGUCAUCCGAGCUGGCCCACGUGGGCUCCCUGCCCCCUCGAGGCCCGGAGCUCUCUGCCCAGGAACAGAUGGAGGGAAUGCUGUGCCGCAAACAGGAGAUGGAGGCCUUCAGCAAGAAGGCCGCCAACAGGUCAUGGCAGAACGUGUACUGCAUCCUGCGCCGCGGGAGCCUCGGCUUCUACAAGGACGCCAAGGCGGCCAGCGCGGGGGUGCCAUACCACGGAGAAGUGCCUGUCAGCCUGGCCAGGGCCCAGGGCAGUGUCGCCUUCGACUACCGCAAGCGCAAACACGUCUUCAAGCUGGGCUUGCAGGAUGGAAAAGAAUAUUUAUUCCAGGCCAAGGAUGAGGCAGAGAUGAGCUCGUGGCUCCGGGUGGUGAAUGCGGCCAUUGCCGCCACGUCCUCCGCCUCCGGAGAGCCCGACGAGCCGGCGGGGCCCAGCGCCAGCCGGGGCAUGACCCGGGCCAUGACCAUGCCCCCUGUGUCACCGGGUGGGGCCGAGGGGCCCACCAUCCUGCGCAGCAAGGACGGCCGAGAACGAGAGCGAGAGAAACGCUUCAGCUUCUUCAAGAAGAACAAGUAGCUGGGGGGCAAGGCCCCCAGGACAGCUCCCUCCCUCUCUUGGGGAAACUGCCAGGGACUGUCGACAGGGGCCACCCACUUGUCAGGACAACUGCCUGCUGCUAGGGUCUGUUGCCAGGGUCAAGCAACAGGAACCGUCCCUGGGGACAUGUCGGUGUUUCCGAGGGCAACCUUCCUCUUCUGCUAGUGAAUUCCAAGCCGGUGGUUGGACCCUGGCAGCUCCCAGUACCACCCCUUCCUCCCUCUUCCCCUAGCCUUAUGCCUCUGCCCCCCAUCGCGGUGCAGACAGUGCCGCCCCCUCAACGUGCGCCAUGUGGGGAAUGGCUACCCCUGACUCAGGGUCAUCCCCCCAACACAGCGAGGACACCCCGUCUGGUUCCUUGCCCCCGGGGGCCGGCCAGGAACCUCUCAGAGCUGGAGCGGGACCCAGGGGCAGGAGGGCCAGGUGUCAGAGUCAGAGAUGCAGACGAUGCCCCUUCCCUUCCCCGCCCUCCUCGUCCUCUGACCCCAGUGGCCACUCCAUCUCCAGUGAUUCUCAACAGCGCCCAGGGUUGAGUUGUUCGGGGGCCACCGUGGCCUCGAGUCUGGCCAAGGAGGUGAUUAAACAGCUCAGCUUCUCUUACUG